CUAUCACUUUAGAGGUUCAUGCCCGCUGAAGCGCAGCGAGGUGAUCUCCGGAGUGCCAAAACAGUGCCAAGAUACAAGAUCCCCGUUCUCUUACCCCCCCUCCCUUCCUCCACACAAACCGCCACCUCCUCAUUCCCCAAUGGAUGGCACUGCUGACACCUUCUUCAGCCAGGCCUGUGGGCCAAAUGACGGUGCUGACCACACCUCCACGCCGCGGUUGUAAAGCCUCAGGAUGUAUAAAUAAGGGAGCAAAGGCAGAAGAGGAACCAGAGGCUGACCAGAGCAGAUGAAGAUGGAGCUCUCCGGGGUUAACUGGGUGCUUGCAGCUGCAGGGUUUCUUCUGUGGACCAGUGGUGGAUUUGCUGCACCCAUGGAGUGCCACUUCAACUCCAGAGCACUGUGCGAGUUCGAGGGGAGGCACUUCUCACUGGGUGAAACCUGGAUGGACCACGCUUGUAUGCAGUGCACCUGUCUGCACCCUGUCGGCGUCGGUUGCUGCGAGACGGUGCAUCUGCCGGUGGAUUUCCCUGCGUGGUGUCAGGUGCGGGUGGAGCCUGUGACCUGCAAAGUGUCCAUGGUCCAGACAGCUGAUCCCCGCCUGCCCUGCUCCCCAGGUGAGGACAUCAAGGACCCCAGCCACGGAUCGCUUCAGCAACAGCUCGACGGCUAGAAAACCGCUCAGAAUGGCAACUAUCUGUUCGCCUGUGAAACCAAUACUGAUUCUAGUUAAAUAUCAGUAACCGCUUUUAUACACAUACUGUACUAACAUAAAACUUUAACAGCAUCUGUAAUUUUUAGAUUGCGUCAUCAAUGAAGGAAAUGUAAGUGAAAUUUGUUUGUGAAAAUAUUUUCAAGUAACACUGCAGUAUUUACCAGCGGAGAAUUUUUUGACACUGAACACCAAAUGAUGUACCACAUUAACAAAUUAAGGAAAUUUUGGCAUCAAUCUUCUUUAGAUGAAAAUUCAUUUUCAGCAUAUGUUUGAUAUUCGUUAUUAUAAUAAGCUGUUUGUCUGCUCACGGGUGAUAUGAGCUACAUACUAAAAGAAGCAGAAGCUGCACAAUUUUAUUGUAAUACAGGUUGUUUGUUGUUUUCAUGCUAAAGAGCCUGCACAUCUGGAAAGUUAGAGGCUUCUUUCUUCAACGUUUUAGGGGACAUUUAUAUUAAGCCAAAUGCAAUUUCUUUAACUAAUCCCAUAAUGACUUAUUGUAAAUAUAAGCAAAUAUAUACGUACAUUAAUAUAAAUAUAUAUAUAUAUAUAUAUAUAAUGAUUCCUGUUGAAUUUGACCUGUUCUCUGCUGUAACUCAUUUACCCUCCAAAUAAAAAUCUUGUCUACAAAGAGAAAUUAUGUCAAAUUUUGUGAAGUAAUGAAUGUCUUCCUCACACGUAAUCUAUCAAAUUUAAAUCACAAUUUUAAUACAUUUUUAUCUUGUAGUAUUUACAUCUCAAUACAGCCUUUGCUCAAGGUGAAAGAAUAACAGUUAAACAGUAGAAAUAUUUUGAAUAACAAUUUUUUCAUAAAAUGAAAAAGAACAAGUGUGCGACUGAAUAGUCAAAAAUGAAAUAAAUACAGAAACGCACAGCAAUCACAGAGAUAGUUGCACUUCAGAAGGUCAAUAUAUGUGGAUCUUUCAAAAAGGAAGAUGCAUUUAAAGUUAAGAAGCAAUGAAAAAGGCAAAACAUAGGUUGCAUACUUUACAUAUAACUGGCUCUGAAUAUACAAUGGAAACAACAACAAAAAAAAUGCUUCUUUGUUCCUGAAAUGUGCACUUCUGUGCUAACAUCUCUCAUCUGGAAAGAAAAAAACAGUGUCUCUCGCUCUCUCAGCACACACACACACACACACACACACACA